GACCUCCUGCACUUUGCAUCCUUUAUCUGUUUCGCGCGGAUUAUUCUGUAAAAAUCUGGGCUACGCUGAGGCCUUGGUUGACGACGAGUGAAAUCCUCCAUGUCUUCCCUACCGACUAAAUCCAAAAAGAAUCGCGUCAAACCGCCCAAAUCUCGACCUGCAGGCACCUCCGCCAUCUCGCAUCCUGUGGUCGAAGAUGCAUCGAACUUGAAUGCUUUAUCACGUUUCUCGCCUCGGGGGGACUUGUUCGCCUUGGUAUCGCUUUCUGUCGAUAAGCAUCGGUUGCGCGUCUAUAACACAUCUACUGGCAAUGCAGCGGCUGAAAGCAUUAUAGACUCGGCUAGAGUCACAGCGCUAUGUUGGUGCGCACAUAUUCAAAGCGGCCCAGAAGGCGAAGCGGAGGCACUCCCUCCUAACAAAAAACGGCGGAAGAAACGAUCCAGUCAGAUCGGGUCGGCUGCUAGUGAUGGUUCCGGUUCGCAGGGAGAGCAGAUAGUUGCGCUGGGUCUCGCAGACGGCACACUUCAAUUCUUUUCACCGAAGCAUGCCAGGGUUAUUUGGACGUUAUCGCACCCGACCUGCUCUAGCCCCAUCUUAGAUAUCUCCAUUAAUGAAGAUGAUGGGUCAAUAUGGACUUCCAGUGCGGACGGGAAUAUUCGCCGAUGGGACGCUCAGCAGAAAACCAUGACAGCCAGCUACAAGUAUAAUGAUCGAACACCGUACCCCUGCUUGGCGAUCAGACCUGGCGUCCCCGAAGACAAUCACGCCCAUGUUCUUGCUGCAAACUACGGUAUCCAUCUUCUACUUGUUCCUACUUCCGACGACGACAUCACCACGGAGAGCAGUGGGCUUGACGAAGUUGCGUCCUUUACUGGACACGCAUCUCCUGUUACUUGCCUUCUCUGGGACUCGAAGCAACGCUUCGUGUCGAUGGCUGAAAGGGAUAGACAUGUCUAUGUCUGGGACACCCUGGAUGAACCACCGGAAGAUGAAAAUAUAUCCUCCACUGGCAAGCCUGCCGCUUCGAUACCUCUGGAUUCCGACGCUCGAGUUAUUGCACUGUCCGCUUCGCCUACCAGAAUCGAUGCGGCGCCACAGAACCUUCUCACUCUUUCGGCUUCGGGGAAGAUAUCAUUAUUCUCCAUCCCACCUGAGAUCACAUCACUCCGUUCCAAUAGCAAGCAUAAGGUUCCGACGCUAGAGCCGCUUUCAAACAUCUCGAUAUCUUCAAAACGGAGUGAUGCUCACGCGGACACCAUUAACGCCUCGUUCAUCCCAUCCGAAGAGGGCAGAAUACGUGUGGUAAGACUCGUUGGUGGAGUGCGGCCUAUUUUCAGUGUUGUCGAUUACCUUGAUGAAUCGGGUAACUUCAAACAAUCUAUAUCCAUCGUCAGUGAUGACGCUGUUCUGGAGUCAGCUGCGCAUGCCUCCACAAAUGGGGUCGUCAACAAGCGUUAUAACGAGCGAUCUUCGAUCGCGGUCGCAUCAGGCGUUGACUUGGGUCAGGAUGCGUCCAUGGACGAUCUACCCGUACGGGAACUGGACGGCGACCUCGAUGUUAAUGUUGCAGAGCUUAGCCUGGGGGAGCGAUUGACUGCGUUGUCUGGCGCAGAUGACGCGGCAGCUCCUGGCAGUGCUUCUGACAGUGAGAACCCCGCCGCUGGACCAGAAUCGCGAUCAAGGACGGGGAAAAGGGACGACCCCUUCCAUAUUGUACCUGCCAAUUCGCUGACGCGGACCCUGAUUCAAGCUCUACAUUCCUCUGACUCGCCCUUGCUGGAGACGUGUUUAGCGCAUUCAGACAAUGUGCUGAUACGAAAUACAGUGCAGAGGUUGCCUCCGCAGCUAGCUGUACCACUGCUGAAUGCGUGUGUCGAGCGCCUCAGCAGGGGUCCGCGAGCAAACAACAUGAAAGGCGGAGGUGGAGGAGCUAGUGCGCAGAGGGGAAUGGCGCUUAUUACCUGGGUCAAGUCCGUUCUGACUAUCCAUAGCGGACACUUGAUGACAAUGCCGGAUCUCGUAGCGCGCCUCUCUGGAUUACAUACGACUGUCGCUAGCAGGCUGUCGCUACACGAAAGUCUGCUCUUGUUAAACGGACGACUCGACAUGGUACUUUCUCAAGUCGAGAUGCGUUCAUCGGCGGCACCUGCACCUGUAGCCGCUCGUAAGAGAAGUCAAGGUGCUAACAAGGAAAAGGCGGUAAAACGGUAUGUUGAGGGCGAAAGCGACGAGGCGGAUGAUCAAAUGGAUGUCGAAGUGGAGAGCGGUGAUGAUGCUGGUAGUAUAGAAGACGUGGAGCUGGGAGGAGAGAGCGAGGAUGAAGAGGAUGACGACGAAGAUGAAGGUCAAGCAGACAGCGAGAGCGAUGAAGAGGGCGGUCCUACAUCAAACGGGUUUAUUGACGAUGAAGCCGAGGAAGACUUCGAGGAGGACGAGGAGGACGAUUACAGCGAAUAAUGAUGACUUGUGCAGCCGCGAAGAGACGCGCAAUCGCAGUUACCUUGCGGCUGUUGUGUUUCGACGGGUAGACCGACGAGGCGCCGUGUCAUCCUUGGGCGGGAACUGGAAAAGCAUGAUAUGGAAAAUAUCUCCGGUUCAAGUCCAAUAGUAUAUUACCUUGCGUUUAUUGCCGGCGGUCGUAACGACCGUUGGUUCGUCCGAUAGAGG